UGAUCAUUGAUUUCAUCCGAUAAACAAUUACUUGUAUGCUAAAUAGUAUUGCUUUGAUGAUAUAAAUUGAAGACCUGCGACUGUAGAUUUCAGAAGUCACUGGCUAGUGUUCUGCUAAGUAAGCAGUAUCAGAGUGUAAGCAGUGCUAUUCUGAGAAAAUCAUUUGUUCGACAUCAUGAAGACAUUCAUUGCCAUCGCUCUGCUUCUGGCCUCCAUGGCUGCUUAUUUUGAAAUACUGGAUGCUGCUCCUAACCCAGAUGCCUUCAUCUACAAGUAUCCGGAGCACGAUCAGUACCAUAAGGAGGAAAAACACGAACACGAGGAACACCACCACAUGGAAAAACCCGAGCACAAGCCUUAUGAUCACCAAGAGUAUCAUAAGGAAGAAAAACCUGAGCAACACCACGAAGAGAAGCCACACCUCGAACAUCAUGAACAUCAUAUGGAAGAGCAUAAAGAAGAAAGGUCACAAUACAAGCACCAGGAGCCAGAAUAUAAGCACCAUGAGCCAGAACACAAGCAUUAUGAACACCCUGUAGAGCACCAUAAAGAAGAGAAACAUGAACACGAGCAUCACCAUGAGCAUUACCAUAAGGAAGAGAAACCGCAACAUAAGCACCACGAUCAAUACAAAAUCUACUACUUGCGUUACCUUCAUUAAAUGUAAUUGCAAAGUUAAUUGCGAAAAUUGUAUGAACAUUAAAAUGGUAAUAUAGACACAUCUCAGAAUAA